AUGCAAAAAUUAAAUUUAAAGAUCGCCCGCACGAAGGCGAUCCGAGGGAAGAAUUUCAGGGUAGGAAAAUUAUCAGAAGUUGAUUUCAAGAUCAAAGGAAGUUUAUUACUUCUCACCAAUAUUUAUACUCCUGCGCUUUAUUCCUAUUUAUUUUCAAGAUAUAAAAUAUUUUAUCAAAAUUAUUUUUUAUUGAUUAACGUUGACACAUCGCCGAAUAGAUUUUAUUUACCACUUCACGAAGCUGUUAUUCACGAACUCGAGGAAAAUGGUUACGAGGAGUCGAUCAGCUAUUUGAAGGAAUUGUUUGAGCUCGAUGAAGAAACGCGAAAAGAGGCUGGUCCUGGUACAUUGACGUGGAAGAAACCACGUUUAAAGGAUAAUAAAGACGCGAUGAUAUGUCUCAAAGAAGGCUUGAUCGCUUCCGAACGAGCCAAAAACACUGGAGAUCCGGCUUCAAUGAUCAUGGCACUUUUGAUUAUGGCAUUAUUCUUUCAAGCGAUGACAUGGGAAUGGUGGUGGGUGGCGGAACGACUUUAUCGUAGCGCUUUAACGAAUGCGAAAUUAAUCGAAAAGGAUGAACAAGGAACCGUAACAUUGAUGCACUACCUAUACGGUCGAUUUUUAUUCGAACAAAUACAAAAUACGACGGAAUCAUUAUAUCAUCUAAAAAUCGCUCGUGAAGUGUCUCAAGAAAAACAUUGGAAUGCGUCGAAAAUAAUCGGUCGAAAGGAGGAAACUAUUUUUCGAGAAUGCAACGUGCUUUUGUACAAAGCGCUGCUAAUGCACGCGCAACAAAUUGAUCCCAAUCAGCCAGAUAUUAUCGUAAAAGUGUUGACAGAAGCUCUAGCACGAGCGACGGAUUCUGGACACUACGAAUAUAUAGCAAAUGUUCUGUACGAACUUGGUAAAAAUCAAUUACGAUCUGGCGAUGUAAAACGCGCUUUCCAAAAUUUCUCCAAGUUUUUAGCGAUGACCAGAAGACUUCCGGAUCCUGAAGGAAUCUGUAACGCGCAUAUGGCGCUGGCACUUGCAUAUAAGUUAUGUUUAACUCAAGUUUCUCUUUUAAGAAAUAUAUACGAUAAAAUAAUGAACAUCAAACACUACACGCAUAAAAAAAAAUUCUCUUUCUCGCAUGUAGAUAAUUUUGUAAAUAAUUUUUAUUUACAGGAAUUGAACGAUGACUUAAACACGGAAAAGCAUUUACAUCUGUCCAGGAAAAAUGCAACCGAGUUUAAAUUGAUGAAAAAACUCGCGGAGGCACAUUGCUGCACUGGCGAACAUUUUCUAAGUAAGAGAAGGCCAGAUAUUGCGACUUCUCAUUUGGAAAAAUCCUUUAAUUUGUAUAAUGAACUCGGUUUGCACGAUAACGCUAAUAAAGCGCGAAUCAUCGCCGGAGUUUCAAAAGGACAAAAAAUUUUCGAUCAAUAUAUCGAUCUGAUACUUCAAUGCGGAACAGGUGACCCGAAAGCUAUAACAACGUUAUGUGAAUGGAAAAAUCGUAGAAGCGUUUUUUGGACUGACAAUGAGACAACGCUACACACUAGUAAGGCAAUAAAUAAAAAAUUAAUCGUUAAUUAGAAAAUUGUGUAAAAGAAUUCGUCUCUCAGUUUUAAUCUUUAACUGCAAUGAUAUUUUAUAACUAACUCACGGUGCAAUUUUAAAAUGUAAAUUAAUCGCAUCCGAUUUAAAUUAUAAAUCAUAUAAUAGAGGUACAACGAUAAUAUUUCAGAAGAUUCUUCAUUAUUAUCCAAUCUUACAAAUACCGUGCUUGUCGAGAGAAAUACAACAGAUUCGAUUUGAUAUCUAAUAAUUGUGAAAAAAGAUUACAUAUUUAUAAUAAAAAUAUAUAAUUUUUUAAAAUAAGUUUUCGUUAUAAUAAACGAUAUCACAAGUACACUAUAGAGAGUAAAAUCUAAUUUAUGUAGUAUAUUGACGUUUUUCUUACGAGUGCUAUGUAAUGUAUAUAUCAAUGAUUGACAACUCGAUAAUUACAAAUUUACUUUUAAUGUUAUAGUAUUAAAUGCGAAGAUUGAUACUUUUGAUACAGAUAAAUAAUACGUAUUCUGGUUUACAUGCUAGUAUAGUUAUAUGCGUAUAUGUUUACAUCGCAAUUUAAUGGAAGUUAAAUGCCUAUAUAUUAUCAAAAAAUAAUAAAUCAAAGAACAUUUUAAGAUUAUCUAGAGAACAAUUUUUUGGAAUAGUUGCUUUCCAUUUACAUCAAAGUUCAGAUAAAUCUCACUUCUGUCUUUCUUCAACAUCCAUAUUAAAGAAAGACAAAAGUGAGAUUUAUUUGAGCUUUGAUGUAAAUGGAAAG